CCGCCGCUGCCGCUCCUCUCCCCUCUCGCCCAGUGCAUUGUGGUCUGUGUGUGCUAAAGGAAGCUGCUGCAGCGGAAUCUGAAGAAUUUGAGGUGUCCGCCAAGUCCGCUGUUCAUCGUCAGCUUCAGUCUGUCCGGUACCUCUCUGCACUGUAAGGACUGUAAGGUUCAACAAGGAAAAAAAAUGUCUCAGGCCGAUAAAAUGAAGCAGGGCCAGUUCACCAACCCUGAGACCCCAGGGUACGUUGGAUUUGCCAACCUGCCUAAUCAGGUUCAUCGCAAGUCAGUAAAAAAAGGAUUUGAGUUUACACUGAUGGUAGUAGGUGAAUCUGGACUUGGGAAAUCCACCCUGAUCAACAGCCUUUUUCUCACUGACCUUUACCCUGAGAGAGUAAUCCCUGGAGCAGCAGAAAAGAUAGAGAGGACGGUUCAGAUCGAGGCGUCGACAGUAGAAAUUGAAGAGCGAGGAGUGAAGCUCCGCCUCACUGUGGUAGACACACCAGGAUAUGGAGACGCCAUCAACAGCCAGGACUGUUUCAGCACGAUCAUCGCCUACAUUGAUGACCAGUUUGAACGCUACCUCCACGACGAGAGUGGUCUAAAUCGUAGACACAUUGUUGACAAUAGAGUUCACUGCUGCUUCUAUUUCAUCUCCCCGCUUGGCCACGGCCUGAAACCCCUGGAUGUCCAGUUCAUGAAGGCCAUUCACAAUAAGGUUAACGUGGUUCCUGUCAUCGCCAAGGCGGACACUCUCACCCUCAGAGAGAGGGAGAGGCUCAAGCGCAGGAUCCUGGAUGAGAUUGAUGAGCAUGGUAUUAAGAUUUACCACCUUCCCGAUGCUGAGUCAGAUGAGGAUGAGGACUUCAAAGAGCAAACUAGGAUCCUCAAGGCCAGCAUCCCGUUUGCAGUCGUAGGAUCCAACCAGCAGAUUGAGGCCAAAGGGAAGAAGGUGAGGGGCCGCCUGUACCCCUGGGGAGUGGUGGAGGUGGAAAACCCAGAGCACAACGACUUCCUCAAGCUGCGGACCAUGCUGAUAACCCACAUGCAGGAUCUACAGGAAGUGACCCAGGACCUGCACUACGAGAACUUCCGCUCGGACCGCCUCAAACGGGGUGGCAGGUUGUCCUCCCAUGGUUAUGUUCUGCCUCUGUCUCCUGCAAAAGGACCGGAGCCGGAGGAAAUGGACAAGGAUAUGAUCCUGCAGGAGAAGGAGGCUGAGUUGAGACGAAUGCAGGAGAUGAUUGCCAAGAUGCAGGCCCAGAUGCAGAAGCAGGGCGACGGAGAGGGAGACGGCCCCCAUGUGUGAGAGGCCUACGGUAUUUGAGCCACUGCUCAACUAUGACCAGAGAGAAUUGGACGAGAGCAUAAAAGGUGUAAAAGCUGUCUGGUUAUUGACUCAUACUGCUUGCCACUAUCUUCAUUCAGUCCCACAUGUGGGAUCUGGAGUCUUUUUUUGUUUUAUACAUACAGUAAAGUAUAUUCAAACAGUGUUAUGUUUAUAUAUUUACACACGGUUCCAUUUCUUUUUUUUUUAAAGUUGUUUUUUCAUUUUGUUAAACUUUUGCUAGUCACUCAAAUUAAGUCAUGUGACCCAUCUUUACAAAUGGUGGUAUAUAUUUUUAAUACAAACACAUUGGGGUAUUCUGUUACUUCUCCAAUUUAUUUGCUUCCUUACUUUUGUGCUAUAGAGAAAACCAAAGUACUGGUGCUUCUGUUCAGUGCUUUUAGUCCUAGAACAUCUCUUAAAGCACAUGCUAACAUUAGCUCUGUGAGAGAGCUUCAUUGGGAGAGUGCGCUAUAGUGAAAACUAGUAGCAGAAAUAGCUUUUUAUGCCAUUAUGUCAGUAUUCUUUUUGUCAGGCAAACACAUGAUUUAAGAUUACCACACAAGCUUCCCAUCAUAUAGGGUUCACCCUGCUCAAUGUUACUCAUGUUAUGCCACUCAUAUGCAUGCAGCUCUCGACUUCCCACCCCUCCCGUUUGGUAAAAUUUCAGGUGAAUUUUUCUGUGCUGUGUUGGGAUCAGCUCUUCCCUUUCCUGUUCAAAUUUCACCCAUUAGCGCAGUUCUCAGAUCAGUGUCACUGUACAACCGCAUUCAAGUGUUGUUAAGCUCCUUUUGAGUUUGAUACGAAUUAACUAAACUGUGACCCUUGACCUCUUACAGUCUUCCUGUAGACGUGACAAAUGAAGGACGGACAAAUGAGGUGUCUUUAGCUGUGACACGCCUCUGUUUGGUGCUUUGCUGCAUCUCUCAAUUAGAUGUAUUUACUUCAUGUCUCCUCUGUACUGUAAAGUGAAGUCAUGUGCCAGGGAGCAUUGAUAUUUUGUGUUCCAUUGAGAUUUAAGAGGUAUACACUUCUAUGUGUCCCGACUGCUGAGUACUUUGUGGUUUCCCUGACCGCAGAGGUUAAAGGUGACCCAAUGAGGUCAGUGUAGCCAACGUUUCCCUCACCAGCCAAGAUGAUAUGAGUUCUUGACAUUCCUCUUUGUGCUGUUUUUACCCAAUAUUAAAGUACCAAAUAUUGUUCUUGAUACAUUUAUUGUAAUAAAGGUUUUAUUAAACUCGA